AGUGGGUGCGGCCGGCGUGGCGCAGCAGGAGAGGCUUCGGGGGGGUCACCGCCCUGCACCCCUUGGGCCGGCUGCGCAGACCCGGAGCCCCCCGCUCUACGCGGUGGCUUUGCUGUGACUUGGGCUCGGCGCCGCGCCCCCUUUCUCCCCAGACGCGCGCAGUCUUCCGCGGCCCGGGACCCCGCGGCGGGGCGCACCUUCACCGAGUCCGGGGCGCGCGAUGCCGCUCGGCCUGGCCGCUCCCGUCGAGCGCCGCUCGGGGGACCCAGCCCGCGUCUGAGCGCCGUCGGCUGCGGGGAGCUCCGCAACAGGACCUGAGCCAGCCUCUCUUCUGACAGCCAGCUGCUCCUGCCCCAGUGUCCCCUGCCUGGACCUGCCUCAGUACCACCUCUCAGCAGGGAGCACAGAAUGAAAGAAGGCAUGUCUAACAGCAGCACCACCAGCAUCUCCCAGGCCAGGAAAGCUGUGGAGCAGCUCAAGAUGGAAGCCUGCAUGGACAGAGUGAAGGUCUCCCAGGCCGCCUCGGACCUCCUGGCCUACUGUGAAGCCCACGUGCGGGAGGACCCUCUCAUCAUCCCGGUGCCUGCCUCAGAAAACCCCUUCCGGGAGAAGAAGUUCUUCUGCACCAUUCUCUAACACCCGUGGUGAUGAAACGGGCCCUUUCCUGUGGUAAACGUCCAGAGUAGAGACCGCGCAUGCUCCCGUGUAGAGGCAUGCUUCCUGCGUGCACCAUACCUCUGUCUAACCAAUCAUGAUCUGGGCUCAUCUUGUUUUAUUAUAUUUUCUUCAUGACAUUGUUUCCUCUUCCUUUUUUUUUUUUUUUUUUUUUGGUCUCGUUUUUGUUAGUUCCAUCCCUAGUGAAGAAAACAAACAUUUUUAUAGCCAAAUAGCAGAUGUGCCAUAUGAAAGCGUAGGUUUAACGAUCUACACUUUUUAAACAUUAAUUCCCAACUGUAAAUAUAUCCAGUUAAUAAAUCUUAGCAGGUUAUCCACUGAAAUCGAAACCAUGCCCAAGUGUCCCCCAUGCACAGUAGCAGACGAGAACUUGAUGGGAGAGUGAGGUCUGUUUCUCCUCUGACACCUGUAUCCUGGGUGUCCUCAGGGACCGCGUGGAUGACUCAUGUCUCCACUUGGUUCUCACCGAUCGUCCCAGAGCUGAUGCUUCGGAAAAUGUAUUUGUGAUGCAGACACUGGUGCAGCCUCGUCUGUUGGUAUUUCCAGACAGCCCCAGGUCCUCAGUCCAGAUGCCAUCUUCUUGCUUGCUCCCUCCUACUUGGAGUUUCUAGUAAGGCCAGGAGCACAGUACUGGGCUCGCUGGAGUCUCAGCAGAGUCUUCCCUGGAAGGAUGGACCAGAGCGAGUCACCGCCACUCACUGAUGGGAGAAUUUAUGGGUGUUACCGUAUUUAACCUAAUAGUAAGCACUCUGAGUGUAGGUCUCUUACAGAGAGGGACUCUCCCAGGCACAGAGACUACAGACAGAAAGUAGGCAAACCAGAGCUUCCAUAUGUGGGUAGCCCGUCCCUAAAGCCCUCUCUGAACCCCUGAACUGUGGCUGCCUGUUACAGGUCUGCAGAUCCACAUACAGUCCUAACUGCACAGUAGAAAGGAAGCAAACACAUGCUUCGUCAUGCCAAGUGGCCCCCCGCUUCUCUCCUACCUUGCUGGGGAGAAGUGUCACAGGCCUAGAUUCGGGCAGUCUGUGACGGAUGACAUAUGGGUGCCCCAAGACCAGAUAGCUGGAAGCCCUGAGAUUUUCCAAGGCAAGGCUAUGGGCCCCUUCUAGAGCACCCCCAUUCCCUCCUGAUGAGAGAGGAGGUAACCACAGUUGCUGAGGGCCCAGUGGGGACAUUUAUUUUGUGGCUAUUUGGAAAUUGCCUCUCCCCUGGAUCUCAGAGAGGCUUGAUGGGUGCUGCUGGGCGAGCCAUUGUGUGCUAAGCUGUUCAAACCAGCAAAUUGCAGAUGACGGUAAUUAUUCCUUUUGCUCUUCUGCCAGGGCAGACACCCAGUAAGUCCCUGAUUAUCCUUGAAAACCAAUAUGUGCUGGAUGACAACCUAGAAUGUUGGGAAGCAUAUGUGACCAAUGGUUCUGAAGUGAGGACUGUAAAAUGGUCUCCAAGGAGGCAGCUUUCAUUUUUAGAUGGGUCAGUGCCUUGCUACCCUCUCUUGCAGUGUUUGUGGAAAACCGCUCUCAGUGUCACCACUGGGCAUGAGAUGAGAGGCUGACGCCGUGUGGUGUUUUUGUUGGGCCUUGCUGUUUGCCCACAAAUCUUGUUUGCAACAAGAUCUCUUUAUUCUGUGGCCCACGUUGGCAUCAUUAACCCAACAGAUUAGACCAUAGUUUACAAAAGCCAAGGAUGUGGUACAGUGGCAAAACCAGGUCAAGGAAACAGCGUGCUUUAACCUCCUACCAAACCGUCUCUACUUUACCAUCUCCUGUUUCCAGCCAUCUUUCUUAUGUUCUCCUGUGGAUGCCGUGCCCACUUAAACAGUCCUGGGAAGACACUCCCACUCCACUCCUUGGACCCACUGAGCUUUCUGACCCUCAGCAUCUUUCUUGCUUAUCCCUAGAUUUUUGUUAAUCUUUGGAGUCUUUCGAUCCAUCCAGUAAAUUCAUCAUUCCACAAAAUUUCCUCAUUUGGAUGUAAAUAUCAUGUGUGGUGACAACUCCACUCCUGAGUAUAUACAGAAAUGUGUACCUAUAUAUAUCAUUAGAAGGAAUGUAUUGGAGUGUCCACAGAAACACUGUUGAGAGUAACCCCUAACCAGAAGGAGCCCCUUCUGCCCUUGCUGAAGGGGUAAACAGAUGAGGGUCAUUCGCAUAGUGGGCUCCUGCAGGGCUGCUGCAGAAGGGACAGUCUUAGCUCCACCCACAGCAUGAUGUGAAUCUUGCCCGUCUUGGGGACUGGGAGCAGGCAAGUCCAGGCCUACGGUUCCAUUUUCAUACAGUGCAGGCCUGGCGGGCCAACCCAUGCUGAUUCAAAAAGGAACAGUAGCUGUUCUUAAAGGGGCAACAGAGAGGGGAUACAAAAGGCUUCUGGAAUGCUCUGGAUCUGGAUCUAGCUGCGGGUCACCCUGGUAUGUUUAGUUUCUGAAAGCUCUCCUAGGUGUCCACUUUUGGGUGCUUUUCUGUAUGUGUUAUACUCCAAUAAAAAGUUGGGUUUGGUGACUACCAA